AUGGAGGAGAACAAGACUGGGAAGGAGGAGGACGAGGAGGACAUGGAGGAGAACAAGACUGGGAAGGAGGAGGACGAGGAGGACAUGGAGGAGAACAAGACUGGGAAGGAGGAGGACGAGGAGGACAUGGAGGAGAACAAGACUGGGAAGGAGGAUGACGAGGAGAGGAGGAGGGGGAGCGAACGUUGGACGAAAGAGGCGCAGGGGAAGGGGUCGGAGUCUAUCCCUGAUGCUAGAGAAGAUGAGGGGUACAUGAGGAUGAGAUGGCAAGAUCUGGAGCAAUUCCAGCAGGCGAGAGGCUCCGUCUACCCACAUAAGUUCGACGUUACGAUCGAGAUCCAAGAGUUUCUAAACAAGUACGCCUGCCUUGAAGCGGGAGAGCAGAGGAAAGAUGAGAGACAAUCCGUCGCAGGAAGGAUCAUAGGCUUGAGGAGAGCCGGGAAGAACUUGAUAUUCAUAGACGUCAAGUCAAACGGCAGUAGAAUGCAACUGAUGGUUGACAGACAGCACUUUGAUGGCGAAGACUGGGAAGAGCUGAUGGGCAAGAUCCUCAAACGUGGCGACGUCGUUGGGGCCACGGGAAUACCAGCUAGGAACAAGAGAGGAGAGAUCUGUUUGAUUCCUCUCUCAGUCAAGCUCUUGGCUCCAUGCGUGCGAAUCUUGCCCAAGGACUACUACGGCUUGAAAGACCCGGACCUCCGGUUUCGAAAUCGAUAUGUGGACUUGAUCUGCAACUCUCAAGUGAGACAACACUUUGAAGGUAGAGCCAAGAUCAUCAGAGCGAUCAGAAACUACCUAGACAACAUCGGUUUUCUCGAAGUUGAAACCCCCAUGCUCUCUCGCCAGGCCUCUGGAGCGGCUGCGAGGCCUUUCAAGACCUUCCACAACGAUUUGGAAUCUGAGCUGUUCAUGCGUGUAAUGCAACGAGAACAAAGGAGAGGGAGAGCUGAUGCAGACAGACAGGUUGCUCCAGAGCUGUACCUCAAGCAGCUUGUUGUGGGAGGACUCGACAAGGUUUAUGAGCUUGGAAAAUGCUUUCGCAAUGAGGGCGUCGACGCAACACACAACCCAGAGUUCACAAGUAUUGAGAUAUAUCAGGCCUACGCAGAUUACAUGGACAUGUUGGAGAUGCUGGAGCGGAUGUUAAAGAGUGUAUGUCAAGAGGUAUCGUCUCGAGACAAGUCAGGAACGAUCGAGCUGGACUUUAGCAGGCCCUUUCAGCGAUUGGACUACAUGCAGGCGAUCGAAGAGGCUGCGGGACAAAAGCUUCCUCACCCUUCAGAGUUGGAGACUACUGAGUCCGUGAAGCUUCUGCGCGAGAUUCUUUCAAAGUUCAAGGUUUCAGCCCCUUCAAACGCGCACGCGUCGAUCCUUCUGGAUAAACUGUGCGGAGAGCUUGUUGAGCCAAAGCUCAUUCAACCUACCUUCCUAAUCAACCAACCUCUGUGCAUGUCGCCGUUGGCUAAGGAGCAUCGGGAAAUGGCGGGUGUCUCUGAGCGGUUCGAGCUCUUCAUACUAGGAAGGGAAGUCGCCAAUGCGUACACUGAGCUUAACGACCCAAGGGAGCAGAAGACGAGGUUCGAGGAGCAAAUGCUGAAGAAGCAACAGGGAGACGAGGAAGCCAUUGUUCUUGACGACUCCUUCCUGCACGCCCUUGACUAUGGCCUACCGCCCACGGGUGGCUGUGGGAUCGGAAUCGACAGGAUUUGUAUGACUCUCCUAGACCUGCCAUCCAUCCGCGAAGUUCAGCUCUUCCCUCUGCUGCGACCCAAGGAGGGGAAGCCAGAAGAACCCUAG